AUGGACAACGCCUACGUGCAAUCUCCAUCGGCGGUGCUGAAGCACUUUGAUGUGCAGGAAGCCUCAGGUCUCGACAAGUCUUCCGUAACGGCCUCAAGACAGAAGCAUGGUCGCAAUGACCCGCCAACACCGCUCUGGGAACUCAUCCUCGAACAAUUCAAGGACCAGCUGGUUAUCAUCCUCCUUGCCUCGGCCGCCGUAUCUUUUGUUCUCGCUCUANUCCUCACCAUCCUCAUCCUCAACGCCGUCGUCGGUGUGUCGCAAGAAUCGUCGGCCGAGAAGGCAAUUGCUGCACUUCAAGAGUACUCUGCCAACGAGGCCAAGGUCGUUCGCAAUGGCAAGGUUCAGCGCAUCAAGGCAGACGAGUUGGUUCCCGGAGACAUUGUCAAGGUGGCUGUGGGUGACCGCGUUCCUGCCGACUGCAGAGUCUUGUCUAUCCACAGCAACAGCUUCCGCAUCGACCAGAGUAUUCUUACUGGAGAGAGCGAGAGUGUCGGCAAGGAUACGGACGCCGUAAAAGAUGCGAACGCUGUCAAGCAGGACCAGAUCAACAUGCUCUUCUCCGGCACCACCGUCGUCACUGGAAAUGCCACUGCUGUCGUUGUCCUUACUGGAUCCAACACUGCCAUUGGCGACAUCCACGAGAACAUCACCUCCCAAAUCUCGCAGCCUACCCCUCUCAAGGAAAAGCUCAACGACUUCGGAGACACUCUUGCCAAGGUCAUUACUGUCAUCUGUAUUCUUGUCUGGCUCAUCAAUAUCCCUCACUUCAAUGAUCCUGCUCAUGGCUCUUUCACUAAGGGCGCCAUCUACUACUUGAAGAUUGCUGUAUCGCUCGGUGUCGCUGCCAUUCCCGAAGGUCUUGCUGUCGUCAUUACCACCUGCCUCGCCCUGGGUACCCGCAAGAUGGCCGCUAAGAACGCCGUGGUGCGCAGUCUUCCCUCGGUCGAGACUCUAGGUAGCUGCAGUGUUAUUUGCUCAGACAAAACCGGAACCCUUACCACCAACCAGAUGAGCGUGAACAAGGUCGUCUUCAUCAACGAGCAAGCAUCCGGUCUCGAAGAACUUAGUGUCGAAGGAACCAGCUUCGCUCCUGAGGGCGCAAUCACCACUUCGGCUGGAAAGACCCUCGAGAACGCAGCCGCUUCGUCCUCAACCAUUGCGCAGAUCGCCGAAGUUGCCGCUCUUUGUAACGACGCACGUCUUGCUUACGACAGCGAGAAGGGUGUCUACAACAACGUUGGUGAGGCUACCGAAGGUGCCCUGAGAGUCCUGGCCGAGAAGAUCGGUACCAGAGACGCAUCCGUCAACUCUGCAAGAUCUACCCUCGCACCCGAAGAAAGAAUUCAUCACGCCAGCAAGCACUGGGAAACUAGCACUCCUCGUUUGGCUACAUACGAAUUUGCUCGCGACAGAAAGAGCAUGUCUGUUUUGGUCCAAGAUGGCUCAUCCCAGCGUCUGCUUGUCAAGGGUGCCCCUGAAUCCAUCAUCGCCAGAUGUAGAUAUGUCUUGGUCGGAACCAAGGGCACCAGAAUGGCUCUCACCGACAAUGUCUCUGCUCUGCUUUCCAAGGAGGUCGUUGACUAUGGUAACCGUGGACUCCGCAUCAUGGCUCUUGCCAGCGUCGACAACAUCAACUCUCCUCUGUUAAAGCAGGCCAAGACUAGCUCCGAAUACGCCCAACUCGAACAAAACAUGACUCUGAUCGGUCUCGUUGGUAUGCUCGACCCUCCCCGUCCUGAGGUGGCCGAUAGCAUCCGCAAGUGCCGUGAGGCUGGUAUUCGUGUUGUUGUCAUCACUGGUGACAACCAGAACACUGCCGAGACCAUCUGUCGCCAGAUUGGUGUCUUUGGCACUGACGAAGACCUGACUGGCAAGAGUUUCACUGGUCGCCAGUUCGAUGACCUCAGCGAUGCCGACAAGCUCAAGGCUGCUAAGAACGCCUCUCUCUUCUCCCGUACUGAACCCACCCACAAGUCCAGAGNNUUGGUCGACCUUCUUCAAUCUGCUGGCGAGGUUGUCGCUAUGACUGGUGAUGGUGUCAACGACGCCCCUGCUUUGAAGAAGGCUGAUAUUGGUGUCGCCAUGGGUAGUGGUACCGAUGUCGCCAAGCUCGCUGCAGACAUGGUUCUUGCCGACGACAACUUUGCAACCAUCGAGGCCGCUGUCGAGGAAGGCAGAAGCAUCUACAACAACACGCAACAAUUCAUCCGCUACUUGAUCUCGUCCAACAUUGGCGAGGUCGUGUCUAUUUUCUUGACUGCCGCUAUGGGUAUGCCUGAGGCCCUGAUUCCUGUUCAGCUCCUCUGGGUCAACUUGGUUACCGACGGACUUCCCGCUACUGCGCUCUCGUUCAACCCUGCUGACCAUGAUAUCAUGAAGCGUCUUCCUCGCAAGCGUGAUGAAGCUCUUAUUGGUGGCUGGCUGUUCUUCAGAUACAUGGUUAUUGGCACUUAUGUUGGUGUCGCAACUGUUGGAGGUUACGCAUGGUACUUCAUGUUUAGUGAGGCUGGACCCAAGGUCAGCUUCCACGCACUGCACCCGGUCGACUGCUUGAUGUUCACUGACUACAGAGCCAAGACAGCAUCGACCAUCUCUUUGUCCAUCUUGGUGGUUAUCGAGAUGCUCAACGCCAUGAACGCUCUGUCUUCGUCGGAGAGUUUGUUGACUCUUCCCCUCUGGAAGAACAUGAUGCUUGUAUAUGCCAUCUGCUUGAGUAUGGCUCUGCACUUUGCCCUGCUUUACAUUCCCUUCCUGCAGGGCAUCUUUGGUAUCGUGCCUCUGGGUAUGGAGGAGUGGAAGUUGGUGUUUGCAUGGAGUGCACCCAUUAUUUUGAUUGACGAGGGACUCAAGUUCCUCGAGCGCGCAUUUGUCAUGGAGAAGCCGGGCAAGCACAUCAAGCCCAAGGCUGAUUAG